GUAGGCUGGCCCUGCAUAAACAUAUUGAAUACAUUCAGGGAAUGAGAGAAAAUAAUGUGCACUCAGAAAAGCUAUCACGAACCAGAGAAAAGGUUGAGAUUUCAGCUUGUUUGGGAUGUGCACUUGACCUUCAAGCUCAGCGACAGCACCAGUCUGCUCUGUGAGGAGCAUGUGGGGAAGGACGCAGGGCAGCCAUACUUUGGGGAAACAGCGAAGGGUCAGAAAGAGAACAGAAAAGGAGUGCAGGAAGAGACGGAGAGAGAAAAAAGAGUGCAGGAACAGAGGAAAGAGAUUGAGGAAAAAGUGGCGGAGCAGCAACUGCAGGUGGUGGCAGCGAGCAAUGAGAGAAAGAGGGAAGGCGAGGACCUUGACGGAGGAAAGCCAUCGUCGUUCUUCUCUUUGGAAGAUGAGGAGGAGCCAGACGUGCCGCGGGCGGAGUCAGGCUGCCCCAUCGGCCUGCUGGCGGUGUGUGAUCAGGAGGAGUUCUUCAGCUCCGGCCUGCCCACGGACAGCUCCAGCCCGGUCGCCCCGCCCUUUUGCCCCAUGCGGAUUCAGCAGCCCCGCCCGCAGAAGAGGCCCCAUAGCGGCAGCCCUACCUCCGAAGCCCCGCCCCUGUUGCCCCUGGAGUCCACAGAGCCCAACCCCCCCGCGAAGCUGCCGCCCAAGGUGGUGAGUCUGGGGGACUUCCCGCCCUUGCAGGUGAAGUUCACUCAGGUGUACACCACGCGGCGGUACACGCGCUACACCGCCCGCGGGCAGGGCGCCUUCCUGCAGUACCCCGGGGUCGGGGAGGGCAGCGAGGCCCUGAGGCUGGAGGAGCCCGCAGACCCGGCCCUCAUGCCCCCCAAGCCGAAGAAGAAGAUGCGCACCCUCUACACCACUGAUCAGCUGGAGGAGCUGGAGCGCUUGUUUCAGGACGAUCACUACCCAGACAGCGACAAGCGAAAAGAGAUAGCGGUCGCCAUUGGCGUCACGCCCCAGAGAAUCAUGGUGUGGUUCCAGAACCGGAGGGCGAAGUGGCGUAAAGUGGAGAAGACGAGCGGGAGGCAGGAGCGGAGGCAGAGCCAGGAGGGGCGUGGCCACCUGCAGAUCUGUGCCCCUCAGGCGAGGGGGGGUCUUCCCACAGUGCAAGCAUCUCGUCUGACCCCACAGACCAGCCAGGCCCUGCCCCACUAUAACACCAUCCUGCCCAACUGCCCCAGCCCCACUGGUGUGGCGGUGGGAGGGGACGUUGGGCAGCAGUCCCUGACGGCCACAGGUCCUCCCGGGCCAGCAGUGGAUCACCUGCCCCCUGUGAUGCUGAGCCCGCCCCCCCUGCGACGGGCCAGUCUGCCCCUGCUGACCUCCUACAACCCCCCCAACCACCUGGCCCCUCUCCUCCUGGACACGCCCGACAGCAGCUUCACCACGCCCCAUCCAGACAGCGCUGGCAAGGAGAGCCAGGGGACCUCCAGCUCCCUGUUUGACUACAGCGAGACCAUGGGAAACACGGUGAAGGUGGACACGCAGCACUAUCUCCACAGUGGCCACCAGGGCGGCGCUCUGUCGUACCAGCUCAACCCGUACCCUCAGCAGCACAGCAGCCUCCUGCCGGCCUCCAGCCUGGGCCAGUACUCCCGCCUCUCCUACCUGGCCCCCUCCUCCAGCCUGGCGCCCACCCCGCCGGACAGCAACCCGCCCUCGUACCUGACGUUUGGGACGGGGGGCAGCGCAGGGGUGGUGACCUACACAGCCGGGGGACAGGCCUACUUCCAGUCCCAGAGCGGGAGCCAGUUCCUCCUGCAGUCAGGCGUGCACGGUGGGAUCAGCGCAUUUCAGGCCUGCCCGUGGAGCGACGUGUACGGCCAGACGAGCCAGUUCCCCCCCACGGUGUACCACCGCGCCCAGUACGCGCCUGGCGGAGCUGCAGGCCUGGCCUCCGCCCAGCACUACAUCCAGAUGCAGAGGCCAGGGGCCGGACCGGGUCAGACCGUGUUCCAGCCCGUUCAGAGGGGGCCUGUGGGCCCCGUGGCCUCCUUACAGCUCCCUCCGACCUCCACUCUGCGCCCCCAGUACCAGAACCCGGAGAGGGCCGACCGGACCCUACAGAGCACCAAGAUGGGGCACGACCCUGCUGGCGUCGCGGUGAAAUCGGAGUACGACCCGACACCCGAGCCCAAUCAGAGCCAGCCGCCAGACCCCCGGACCACAGAGUCUGACACAGCCUUCAGCUGCGACUUCUCCCCCAUCAACUUCUGACUGUCCCAGGUACACGGGCGUGUCUGUGGCCGAUCCCCCCGCCCCGCACCAUUGGGGAUUUAGUUGAGGUUUUGCACUGAAUAAGUUGAAUAUUGUCCUAACGAAUGUUAAUAUAAGUUACUAGUUCAGUGUCUGUCAUGCCCUAGGUUCUUUUUGCAACAUUCUGUGCAUUAAUUAAAAGAGUUUAAAAGUAUUUGGGACAAACACUAAAUAAAAGUAUUUGUGUGAUCAACA